AGAGCGAGCUCCAGCGCUCUGCUUCCCGGGGGGAGAGAAAGGCUGCUGCUGAAAGUACAAGCUGGCAGGAUCAUGACGGAGCCAAGCUGCAGAAAGGAAGGAUUUAAAAAAUGCCGGAGUGCUACUUUCAGCAUCGAUGGCUAUAGCUUUACAAUUGUUGCAAAUGAGACAGGUGACAAAAAUGCACGACCACUUUCACGAUUUGCCCGAUCAAAAUCACAGAACUGCUUGUGGAACACCAUUAUCGGUGGGCUGACUGACAACCUCAAGGAAAGGUCAAAGCCGACCAUCAUCAGUGACCCUAGACCUCCUGAAGAAAUCCUAGCAGAUGAACUACCACCAGUGGAGAGUCCUGAGGCGUUGGUGAAAACAUCUUUCAGAUUGCGAUCUUUGGUAAAGCAGUUAGAGAGAGGGGAAGCUUCAGUUGUAGACCUAAAGAAGAAUUUGGAAUAUGCUGCGACUGUUCUUGAGUCAGUAUAUAUUGACGAAACUAGGCGUUUACUGGACACAGAAGAUGAGCUCAGUGACAUCCAGUCUGACUCUGUGCCCUCGGAGGUCCGGGACUGGCUGGCUUCUACCUUCACACGACAAAUGGGGAUGAUGCUCAAAAGGACAGAGGAGAAACCCCGGUUCAGGAGUAUUGUCCAUGCAGUACAAGCUGGGAUAUUUGUGGAAAGAAUGUACAGACGGACUUCAAAUAUGGUUGGUUUGAGCUACCCACCAGCUGUAAUUGGAGUGCUAAAGCAUGUAGACAAGUGGUCCUUUGAUGUAUUUGCACUAAAUGAUGCCAGCAGUGAUCAUGCACUGAAAUUCAUUUUCUAUGAACUUCUCACACGCUAUGAUCUGAUCAACCGUUUCAAGAUCCCCAUUUCUGCCCUGGUGUCCUUUGUGGAAGCCCUGGAGGUUGGCUACAGCAAACACAAAAAUCCUUAUCACAACUUAAUGCACGCCGCAGAUGUGACACAGACGGUCCAUUACCUCCUUUUCAAGACAGGCGUAGCGCACUGGCUGACAGAGCUGGAGAUCUUUGCUAUGAUCUUCGCAGCUGCCAUCCAUGACUAUGAACACACUGGAACCACCAACAACUUUCACAUCCAGACACGGUCAGACUCAGCCAUUCUAUAUAAUGACCGGUCUGUGCUUGAAAAUCACCACGUUAGUGCGGCGUAUCGCCUUUUGCAAGAUGAUGAAGAGAUGAAUAUUUUAUCUAAUCUCUCAAAGGAUGACUGGAGGGAAUUCAGAGCUCUGGUGAUCGAGAUGGUGUUGGCCACUGAUAUGUCCUGUCACUUCCAGCAAAUCAAAGCCAUGAAGAAUGCUUUGCAGCAGCCAGAAGGAAUUGACAAGCCGAAAGCCUUAUCACUGUUGUUGCAUACAGCAGAUAUCAGUCAUCCAGCCAAGGCCUGGGAUCUCCAUCAUCGCUGGACCAUGUCUCUGCUAGAGGAGUUCUUCAGACAGGGUGACAAAGAAGCAGAACUAGGGCUUCCCUUCUCUCCACUGUGCGAUCGCAAGUCUACUAUGGUUGCUCAGUCUCAAAUAGGUUUCAUUGAUUUCAUCGUGGAACCCACUUUUACUGUGCUGACCGACAUGACCGAGAAGAUUGUGACCCCACUCAUCGAUGAAGCUUCCCGCUCUGGCAUGUCUGGGUUCAGACGUUCCAGUCUGAAUAGCAUUAGUCCCUCUGAAGUUAAAAGAUCAAGUGUCAAGAGCACUGGGUCCGAAGGAAGUGCCUCACUCAACUGCUCCAUACUCACUGUGGACUUCAAAUGUUUUAAAGCCACCUGGACUGAGGUGGUGCAGCAGAACCGGGAGAAAUGGAAAGCACAAGCCACCAAAGAAGAAAAAGCUAAGAAAGAAGCAGAGGAAAACGCUCAUCAGGGAACAGAUGAAAAGAAAACAGAUGAAAAGGAUGAGAAGCCAGCUGAAGAUGCCACAGCAGCAAAGACAGAGAACAGCAAAGAACCAAAUCCUGGAGAAAACAAAACUGCAGAUUCCAAUAAGAAUCAUGUAAAUGGGACUCGGCAAACUGGGGUGAACAAACUUGAAGCCUCUCAAGGGAAAAACGCACUUAGGACAGAUAAGGGAACAGACUCUUAUCACGCAGUGGGAGAAGAGAAACAGCAUGUCCAGAAUGUUGAAUUAAAGGAAGACAAUAAGUCGGACAAAAAAGAUCAGUCCAGUGUGAGAGAUGAAUCGAAGAAAACAGAUGAUACAGAAGAAUAAAAAUAUAUUAAAAAAGAGACUGCAAAUUUCUUUCAUCAUUUUAGCUGAGCUUCUUCAUUCCUGUUCUCCUCCUCCUUCCGCAAAGACCAGUUUCUGGGGAAGGCGUUAAACAACUUUCAAAAAGCUCCUCCUCCCACUGGCUACUUCACAGUUAAUGACUCUGGGUUCUAGGGUGGGGGCCUUGUUUUUUUGGGUCGGUUUUAUUUUUGUUUGUUUGUUCGUAUACGUGUGCAUUUUUUGUUGUUUUGGGAAAUUUUCUGUUAAAAAAACCAAAUGGCAAUUUGCUCAUGCAAAUGGUUCCAUUUUUUUGGGGCAGGUCAAGCAAAUAGAUGAGAGUCAUCUUCAAAAGCCAGUAUUGCCCUUUGCUAUGCCUCAGCUUGUGAAACCAACAUUAGGAUGAUACAAAAGAAUAUAUAAACAAACAAACCAAACAAAAAAGACAACAAAAAAGAAAACAUGAUAAUGCUUCAGUUCUACUCUUUUUAUUUUCCCUGAGAGACUUUUCCAAUUGCUGGUAGACAGAAUUUGACAUCAGUUUUACCCUUGCUGUAGAUUUUGUUAGUAAGAAUGGUGAAUUUGUAGUCAUUUGACAAUUUGUUAGGAUUUGAUGUCUUCACCAGAUGAUGCAAUGAUAGCAAAAUGUUGUUGUUUCUAAACAGCAGGCAGACUCACUCAACCCUUGAUUUUGUUCUGUUUUUGCAGUUAGUAGUAGGAAAGGAAUAAUCGAUGAAAGCGAUAUUCCCAUGGGGCAAAUUUUGUUGUCAGACUCUGAGAGCAUGUACUAAUGUACUGCUUGACGUGCCUGCCUUGAGAUUACAGAUAAUGUGCUGUUUCCCACAUUUCUUCAUGGGCUACUAGUAACCACUCUUUGUCUGAGCUAAGAGAAGUAGGGCAGCAGGGAACCACAUGGAUCAAUUAUUACUUUCAUCUCUGUAUGGUCUUUCUUUCAUCACUGACUGAAUGGACAGGCCAAAGAAAAGGAAAAGUGUUGCUGGAGAAAUAUGGACAGACAAAACCAAAAUGAAAAAGUGUGUCCCAAAUACACCGCUGGAGUCAGUGGGUAAAACUGUCUCAUCCAGUUGAGUUAGACACACGGAAAGUAGCCAUGAUUCUGGGUCAUUUUAAAGAAGAAAUGUUAAAAACCUAACUCGCUCAGGCUUUGAUUCAGGAAGGCAUCUUUAUAUGAGAAGCAUCAAACAUGUAUGUAAGUGCUUUUCUGGCUUGGGGUCUUGAUAUAGGGAUCUAGUUAAUUGUAAGUAAUGUUACCUGUCUAUGUGGAAAUCAAGACACAUGCGUACACAAACAACUGUUUUUUUUUUUUUUUACUAACUCUUUUUUGUUCAGGCUGAAGUCUUGCUAUGUUAGUUGUAUAUGUAUUCUACAUGGAAUCAGACUGCUGUCAUGGCUUAUUGCUAUGUAGAGAACAUGCAAAACACUUGCUUAGGAAGAUAAAUCUUUGGUGUUUUCUUUUCAUGUUAAAAAGCACAGGACUUUACCACCAGCCAAUAUUAGCGCUUGGGUCUCUGUUCCUGCUUAUACUGUGCAUGUACAGGGACGAGCUUCCUGUGACACUAGCAGAAAUCACAGCAAUGAGCUCAGCCUAAAUCAACAUUUAAACGUGAAUACCUUCUCACUCAGGAGUGUUUGUAUCUGGGAUUUUGAUUAUUGAGGCUAGAGACUUUUUGAGUUCUUUUUUUUGGACACCAGAGUUUGAGUUUGUUCAAAGCUAGAGAUUUAGAUUAGGUUCGUGCUGUGAAAAGGUUGCACUUCAAUCACAUGUUUUCAGAAGAAAGAAGUACAAAAAUAACUCUUGCAGUUCUUAGAACUCACAGUUGGCUUCAUUGAAGCAACUCAUUUAUAUAAAACAAAUACAAGGGCACGUAGCGUUCCCGUUCGUGAGCUCUUGGUUCAGUGGUAGCUCUGGGGUAGAUUUGCGGAGGAAAGCAGGGUGCUGGGGGGACAGUGGCCCCGCAGUCAGCGCCGAGCACACUCCGUGUUGUGUGACGGGCAGGGGGCUGUGUCACCACGUAGCACUCCCCCACCUCUCCUUCCCCCCCGCCAUCAGCAUUCAGCCCCGGUAAGAGUGGUAGAAUAUGACUUCCAGCCCUGACCAAGCUCUUUGAAAGCACAUUGGUGAAAAUAUCAAUAAUGCAGAGCUGAAUACCACAGCGGUGAUUCAGUCCCUGCUUAGUCAGACUUCUCACUGAGUGUUUGGUCAGAGGUACAGGAUGGUUUAGUCAAUAUUUUUUAAGUUAACCUUACAUAAUGUACAGUGACUAAUGAUGCCUUAGAUUAUGCACAGCAGAAUAAUAAUAAUAAUAAUAAUUUUAAAAACCUGAAUCUUCAUCUGUUUCUGAUAAUAUAUUUUCUUUCUUUCUGGGAGUGACUUCUUUCAGACAGCAAAGCCAGACGUCUUAAUUCAUGGCUGGUCAGUUCUUGUUUCUCAUGCACUGGCACAAAGGUGUGAAAUCAGACUGCAAAAUGUUUUUCCUCAAUGAUGGGGUUAUUCACCACUGGCAGGAGCUAAUAAGUGAAGUGGUGGAUUUGCCAUCUCUUGGGGACUGCAGAGCAGAGCGGCCAUUCUAGAAGAGGUGCCACAGUCAGUUACUGAUUUCAGCACACAGGUAUGCAGCAAAAUGUUUUGCAAUAUACAGGCAGUCAGAGCUAGCUCUAACGUUCUCCUGCCCAUUUAAAAUCAUUUGAAUAAGCUACAGUGGAAUAUUAGCAUUGUUUAGAAUUUUUUGUUGUCAUGUAAAAAAAUCCCCAUGAAAUCUAUUAGCUUGAAAAUACAUAAAGUAAAAGUGAAAUCUAGAAAUUGAAAUCCUACAAAGAGACUAGGCUAGAUGAAAGGAUCUAUCAUGGGGUCCCUUCCCAGCAUCACACUUACAUUCCCCUACUCUGCUCCCCCACUUCCCUAGAACACUCUGCAGCAUUGUGCUAGUGCAUUGUGAGCCAAGGAAUGGUAUGUUUAUACACCUCCCAGUUAAACUAGAGAUCAGCCACUGUGCAAUUGUGUAAAAAAAUAAUAAAAAUGUAAAAAAAAAAAAAAAUUACAGAACUGCUUUCUCUUAUUUUAUUCCACAAAAGGAAACAAAAAAAAAAAAAAAGAGUGGAAAAGGAUUAGAUGUUCAUCAGCUGAUGGCCUAUGUUUAUAAAGAGUGAGAAAGGAUUUCUGUUUUUACAUCCUUGCCUAACUUUCCCCAGAUACAUAGGAAUUAUGUUUUCAGAUUACUGCCUUUUCCAUUCUCAGUAAGACUAUAUAGAGCAAUGAAUGAGCCAGAAAUUCUGGAAAUAUAGGGCUCAUACCAUUGACUUCAUGCUGAAAUUCUAUAGAAUUAUUUGGGAGUGCCCACCAGUAGGCACAAAGGGGUCUUCUGGUGCCAGAGUGCUUCUUACGGAGGGCGGCACAUGCUGGGAAGCUCUGUGAUAAAGACAUCACUCUUCUGCCUCUGUGCAGGGGCUGCUGCUGCUCUCAGAAAGCUCUGCCGUGCUGGAAGAGCACCACCAGGCACCUUCUGCUUCCCAGAAACUCUUGUGUAAUUUGAGAGGGAGAAUCCUGGCACUUUACCCGCUUAAAAUAGAGAGCGGUACCAUUGCAAGUAUCCCUAUCAGUGUUUUUUCCUUUAGUUGGGGCUGGUGUUCAGAGAAUUAGCAGACCUUUGGCUCAUGAUGACGUGGUGCUUGAACUCCAGGACACACUAUAAUUAAAAAAACAAAAAAACAAACAAACAAACAAAACCCACAAGCUAUAUAUUUUUAUAGAAUCAUAGAAUCACAGAAUGGCUUGGGCUGGAAGGGACCUUUAAAGUUCAUCUAGACCAACCCCCCUGCAACAGGCAGGGACUUCUUCAACUAGAUGAGCUUGCUCAGAGAGCCAUCCAACCUGGCCUUGAAUGUUUCCAGGGAUGGGACACCUACCACCUCUUUGGGCAGCCUGUGCCAGUGUUUCACCACCAUCAUUGUAUCCUGUUCAUUAUUUAAAUGUCUCGAAGGGUGACAGUUCUCUGGGCUGCACUCAGUCAGUGAUUUGAACCUUGCGUUUCUGUGACAACAUGCGAGAAGUGUUCACACAUGUAAAAGAAAGGAUUUGUAUACUUCUAAAUUACUUUUUUUAAUGUACAAACAUGUGAUACAGUCUCUUAAAUGCUUAAGUCAACCAGCUUCCCUUACAAAUUACAUAAUAUUUUUUUUCCAAAGUUAUAUGGUCAGAAUUCUAUGUUUAAUUAUAAAAAGAUGAUGAAUGUCACUAAUGUUUUCCCUGUUUGACAAAAAAGUUGCUAGAAACCAACUUUUAUUUAUGCUGCUGAUAAUAUAGGUGGUAGAUUAAAAAAAGAAAUUUUGAAAUUUUAGACUUAAAAGGUAUUUCGGAGCAGUUAAUCUAGGCAGACUGAAGCUUAUGUAAAAGUGCAGCCUUUUGUAUAGCUCCAGCUGGUAUGAACACAUUAUGUAUUAAUACAGUAGGACAUUUAGGAUCAGAAUGAAUCUGGAAUUUGGGAGCCUGGUUCCCUAUAGAUGAAUGAAAGAGGCAAAUUAAUUUUUUUUGAUGUUUCUUUUUUCAAGCAUACAUUUUGUGCUUGGAGAGAAACUUUCCAAAAUGUAGUUGGUUAUGCCAGAGAGGAAUGGUAUAUGGUGGUGUUUUUGCAGACUACACUUUGAAUAUGCCAAUGUUUGCAUCUGAAUUUAACAAACUCAGUCUCGAUGCAAAAAUUUUUCAAACUGAUAGUGCUGUGCUGCUUUGUAAUCAGAAGGUCCGUGAGCUCACCUAGCUAAAGGCAAAUACUUCUGCUGUUAGUUCUUGCAAAUUCUGCAGUGGGUCCCAAAAGUGGCUUUUAAUUAAAAAGCACAAUAAUCUACUCAAAUUAGAAAUUAUAGAAUCUGACAAGGACAGUACUUUUUUUUUGCUUCAACUGGAUAAACUAAUUCUUCUCUAGGAACUCAUGAGAUAGUCCUAAAUAUUUCUUAUUAACGCCUUUUUCCUCUUAUAAUAAUGAAACUCAUCAUCCUCUGAUGAUCUAUGCCAUAUGUUAGCUAUUUGUACUCAGCAAAUGACAGCAUAAUCAAGUCCUUCUAUCUUACUCUUUUUUAAUCCAUCACCUCACCCAAUAAUUAAAAGCAACAGAGCGAUCCUGUGCUUUCACAUGUGUUGAACUGGUGCUGAUCUCAGAGCUGUGCUGGAGCAGUGUCUGAACAUCAGCACUCAAAAGCAGGAACGUGCUGGCUGAGGAUGAGACAGAGCCCUGUGGCACUGACUCCGUGCAAACCAUUCUGGGCAGUGGGCAUCUGUGCUGGCCACAUAGAAAGGAGAGAAAACCCCCAUGCUUUCACAUUUUAAGGCAUAAAUUCAGCUCCAUCCGAAGUGGGUACAGAGGUUUUCCUCCCUUGUGUUACUUACAGCGUGAGCAGAUCUGCUCCAGUCUCAGUUUAGUGUCAGGUGUGCAUCAUAAUGUGGUGCUUCCACAGGCAGACGAGUUUUGUGAUCCCAGACAACCCUUUCCCUGUCCGGUUACUGUGAUCAAAGCAGCAACAGGGUGGGUCACCACUGCCAGUGCCAUUGUUUUCUGUUAAAAUGAAAAGCUGGUCAUGCAUUUCCACUUGCUGAGACUGCUUUCUCGUUGCCACAGUGUCCCUUUGGAUCCCCAGCAAGCACAGAGGGUUCUGAUCUGUACCCAAGCAGGACUGGGACACUUGCCUGGCUUCAAGGCAUCAGAUCUCCCUGCUCUGACUUGACCACCAAGUAGAAGAAAAUGGAGCUACUUCCAGGCAAGCUGACCUGAUGCUCAGUUUUAGCAAAUUUAUUCACCCUCAUACCUAAGUGCACAACAGCACUCGCUCCCAAGCCUCACAGCAUGCCACAAAAUGCCACUCUAGGCAUUUUGUAUUCUUUCAAUUUAUUCCAAGUGCAUAUGUAUCAACUGCUGUGUACACUUAACAUUCUGGUUUUAGAAGCUACCCAGUGGUAGGAGGAAUAUAUGUAAUCCCGUUGUCUCUGCUGGUGGUCGUAGGAGUGCAUUCAUCAAACAAAAUUACUUGUGGCCAUUGGGGUUUUCUAGUGAUAAAACCCAGCAGUAGAAUGACAGAGUGAGCAUUUUCCUUUUCUUCUUGCUUGGAUGAUAUUUUUAUACACUUUUAUACGCAAUUUUUUUAAAUAUUUGCUAUUUUUAUUGUAGGGUUCUGGUUGGAUUUUUACCAGACCUUCUGGUUGUCUACAGGCCCAGAUUCUCACAGGAAUAUUUCCCUUCCAUUUUCUCCUUCCCCUUCUUCCCCGAUAGACAAAAGCCAUCGCGUUUGCAACAUCAGCUUAGAGCGAAAUAACACCUAGGGCCUGAUCACUCUUUUAGUUGCACUGAAAUCAGAGGAAGUUGCAUGCAAAGUCCCUCUGGUCCCACCGCAGCAUCUGGGGUCGAAGACUAAAUAAGGGAAACAUACACAGCUAAUUAUGCACAGGGCUGUCUGCGUAAAGCAAAUGCAUCAGGGUGGCACAGUCUUCCUUUGCUGUGGCGGUAGCAGCUUCCACCACAACGUGCUUAAAUAAGACUUUCUCUCUCUUCGUUCUGAUGAUGCUGCUUCUUGUAGGCACUUCAGUCAAAGUCAUCCCCCUGCGCACUGACUGCCUUCAGCGGGGAGGAAGGGUGGACACUGUGGCUUCUCUGUGACAGUAGAAAUCACUGCUCUUGGGGUUAACCCUACAGUGACAGGUCCUAACGAAAGUUAAGGAACAUUAAAUUCCUUGGUAGGAAGGAUAAGGGGAAAUUAACCAAAUUCAAGGAUCUUGGUCUUGUAAAAUAACCUUUUCUCAGCUACCAUUCUGCAGGGAAUUCUAUGUAUGAAGUUGAACAUAAACUUUAGAGUAUGUUUGUAUUAGCAGAACUGAUAACAGAGAUGUCUUUCUUGAUCUGAACUAAAACAAGAGACACCUGUUCUCUAACAUUUUUCGAGGGAGAAAGAGGCAGGUUGUUAUGCUAUUUUGCACUGCGGGGUAGAAAACAAGUUAAAAUAAAUGCUGAAAGCAAAACUCAAUGUGUUUGCUCUUGGGACUGGGUGGGUAGGGUAAUGAAAAAAAAUCAUAUUUGAUUUGUUAAGAUUCAUAAGGACAAAAAAAAGUAAAACCGAAAUGAAUGAUGCCAUGUAAUGCCAAGUAUUCUCAACUGUUCUGAGAAUAAUUUUAAACAAUAUGUAUUUAUUGUUAGUUCCUUAUUUGAAAGAAGAGGCUUGUGGUCUCUAACUGUAUAAAACAUUUUUCAACAUUCCAGUUUUUCUGUAACUGAGUCCAUGUAUGUUCAUCCUAUUACCAAAUAAAAACAAUGAGGUCUCCACUCCAUUUGAAUUAAAAUUGUAGAAGGGUUAA